AUGAGCAACAAGUUCAUUCCGUACCCCCCCUCUCCGGCUCCAAUUGAGCAUGCCGGAACAUUGGAAAAUGGCCUCACACAAAUGCGUCCUGCAACCUUGUACAAAGGGUAUCAAGCAAAGCUUGCUGCUCGUGAGACUGCAUGCCAGCGCAUGUUGGUGACCGCAUGGGAAAUUGAGGAAACCGAGCACUUCCUUGAGUUCCUGGAUGCUCUGCAUGUUGACAAUGAAGAACGGCUCGGAUUCGCUCAAGAAGACUUAAACAUCUUUAGGAAGCUAUUUUCUGAGCGUGACCGUUCUGAUGUCAAUAAUGACAGAGAUUACCUUCAAGCUGUCUAUGAGGAUGAAAUGGAGAUUCUUCGCGUUGUCUCACUAUAA